AUGAGAAUAUCUACCGUGAGCAGUAAGAAUUAUGGUGGUGUUCGUUGGUUACAGCAGCCUGCCACACUGGGAGGUGCUUUCGACCAGGGUCCAAAAGAAGGAAUUCGGUUUCCUGGAGACAAGAAUUCCAGUAGUGGACAACCAAAGAAGGGCAUUCAGACACACCAGGAUGGCACUGUGUCCAAUAUCCCUGGUGGUAUGGUGACAGACCAGUUUGGUAUGGUGGGCCUCCUCACUUUCAUCAGAGCAGCAGAGACUGACCCGAACUUAGUAGCACUGGCCCCAGGCAUUGAUCUAACAACACUGGGACUAAACCUCAACUCUCCCGAAAACCUGUACAGUACCUUCCAGUCCCCCUGGGCUGAUGCUCCCUGUAGACCACAAGACAUAGAUUUUCACGUACCCUCAGAGUAUCUUACAAAUAUAUUUAUAAGAGACAAGCUUGCUCCUAUAAAACUUAACCGUUAUGGGGAAGACUUGCUAUUUUUCCUGUUCUACAUGAAUGGUGGGGACAUGCUUCAGUUGGCAGCAGCAGCAGAGUUAUACAACCGAGACUGGAGGUAUCACAAAGAAGAAAGGGUCUGGAUAACCAGGGCCCCAGGGAUGGAACCUGCUAUCAAGACUAAUACUUACGAACGAGGAACAUACUAUUUUUUUGAUGCACAGAACUGGCGAAAAGUGGCAAAAGAAUUCCACUUAGAAUAUGACAAACUAGAAGAGAGACCUCAUCUGCCACCUACUCUCCAUCAUAAUCCUAGUCCUGCUGCCAUGGUGGCACACUAGCAGAGGCUAGACAUUAACUAAGUGAACAGAUGGCAAUAUAUGAUGGCAACAGAACCUGAAAAUGUGUUCAGUGUUUUUCAGUUACAUGUUUCUGUGACAUAGAUCAAAUGUGCCAUGCUUCAGCAACAGUGCUUGGCACGGAGCAGAACAGGAAGGGAGAUUUGCUGUUGGUUUUCAAAGUUAUUGUGGACCAUGGGUGCAUAUGGAGGGAGACAUUUUUUGUCAGUGAACUAGUUUUGAAGAUCCCAUUAAACAGUACAUUGAAUACAAGUGCAUUACUGGUAUAAAUCCCUCGACAUGACAUAAUGACUGUUGUUUUUGGUAUGCCAGUGUUGCAAUGAACGCUCUCUGACGCAACUGAAUAAUCAUAUGAAUGUAAUCUAAACAGACUGUGAGUUUGAUUUUGAAGCUAGCUGGACAAUGUUUAUGGUAAUUAAUUCUAGACAGCCACUUUUUGUAAACACCUUAUCAAUAAAGGUUUUAAGACAACUUUUUAUGGA